AUAUGGAAUUUCAACCUAACAAAAACGAAAAAGUCUGCUCGUCGGUAUACCAAAAAAUUGUGUUCGAAGUUGUUUUCAUUCCGAUAAUAUCAGUGAAAUGCAAGUGAAAUAAUCAAAUCUGACCGAAUAAUUCUAUUAAAACUGUUACAUUAACCGGUCGUAAGUGCGCGGAAAUGUUGACAAAUUGAAAAUCGUGUGGAAAAUCGUCGGAAAUUACGUUCAAAAAAUUAUGUGUUCGAUCACAAGUGAUUCCGAAAACGCCAGUGUGUGUUAGUUAGAAAAAAAAACCCGAAGAUACAUAUUUAUAUCGUGGUGUGUUUAUGGGAAAAAAAAGUGCGAAUAUCAAAGUGUAUACAUUACGCGUUUUAUUAGCCAAGGAAAAAUAAAUAAUUUAAACAAAAAAUUUAUUUAUAUUAGUUAACCGUUACGUAGACACAUCGUAUAGGUGUAGUUUGAAUAAUACAGAAAAAAAAACAAAAACAAUUUCAACUACGCAGCUAGGAAAUAUGGCAGUGGCUGGUUCAUUAGAUGAGUCUGGUCUAUUUUCCAAUAGCAGCAAUGUAUCCUCAUCCACAUCGGCCAAUCCGACCGGUUACACCGGAUGGACGGAAUUUUGCGAACGGCAUGCUAGAGCUAGUGCUUCAGACUUUGCUAAGUCGUGCAUCCACUAUGUAAAUAAAAAUCUUCCAGAAAAUGUUCGAGCCACAGUGAGCCACAGGGAUUUUAUGAUGAAAUUCAUAGAAUGCUUUUCCGAUCAUUUUGAUACGGAAUUUUCAAGACGUCGAGUACAUAAGACUGGUAAUGGUUCCGUUACACUUCCCGAAGAAACAGACUACACAGAUGAAAUUGAAAUUCCGAAAACCACUCACAAACCAUUCUUCCGUCGUUUAUCGUUCAAGGGUUUGCGAAGGGGCAAGGCAUUGUUCCAUAAACAGCAUUCGGAUGAAUUGGAAUUGUCGGGCAGUCGUCAGAACAAAGUUAAAUUGUCAAAUAUUGUGGUUGAGUGUCGGAAGGAAGGUAGUGUACAGUAUUUGACGCCAGAGAGUUUGGAGCAUCCGAGCGGUCCUCAGAAAUGGGAAAAGUGUCGUUUGGCUCUUGUAAAAACCGUUGGCGGAUAUAUGCUAGAAUUUUACUCACCACCAAAGUCACAACAGCCUCGCAGUGGAGUCUUUUGUUUUUUGAUAUCCGAGGCCAGGGAAACGACGGCACUUGAAAUGCCUGAUCAUGAAAAUACUUUUGUGUUAAAGACGGACAACAACAAAGAGUAUGUUAUUGAAGCUCGUGAUACAGACGAUAUGCGCAGCUGGCUAGCCACAAUACGAUAUUGUAUGCGCGGAACACCCACAUCACAGAUCCCACCAUCCGAGCCAGACAUGUCGAUAACGACAUCUUUGCACGACGGUGCGUUGACUAGUCCUGUUCCAGAUAUACCACCACGAAGGCACGGCGAUCGUGUCUCCACAUCCAGUAAUUUCGAAUUGACCGAAACCGAUUUAGAGCAAGCCGAAACCGACACAGAUUUGACUGCCGACAUGCGACAGUAUCCAUGGUUCCAUGGCACUUUGCCGCGAUCGGAUGCAGCGAAUCUGGUACUACAUGGUGGUACGUCUGGACACGGUGUGUUUCUGGUGCGACAGAGCGAAACGAGAAAGGGCGAAUUCGUGUUGACAUUCAAUUUCCAAGGGAAGGCAAAACAUUUGCGAAUGACCUUGAACGAUCUGGGACAGUGUCGCGUGCAACAUUUAUGGUUUCCGACCAUAUCCGAAAUGCUCGAACAUUUCGGUGAGAAUCCGAUACCGUUGGAGAGCGGCGGAACGGCUGAUGUGAAAUUGACCGAAUUUGUUAUACACACGGCGGUGGCACACAAUCUGCAGGCUUCGAGACAUCCACAAGUCAUUACAAUAAAAUGCAGCGUUCGGGUAAAAUCAUGCGAUCUCGAUCUACAAUCGCCGCAAGGUCUGGCACAAAUAACUACGACAACAUCAUCAUCUUCGACGGCAACAACACAACAACAAACAUCACAUAACAACAACAACACCGAUUCGGAGACGGGACGGGCAGUGGAUAAUCAGUACAGUUUUGUGUAAAAAUGUAAAAUGUAACAAUUUAGUGUGUAAAAUCGAUCCGGAUUAUAUUUCGAUAUAUUAUCACCAUAAAACGGACAGUGUAGUGCGGUUGUAAUGUGAUUUUCAAAUCGCAAUUAUUUUAUGUAAUUUAAACGACAGGAAUUGAAAUCAUAAUUGAUCCGUUGAUAAUGUUCCCUUUCUGUGUGUAAAUUGUCUUCAGUGUCAAGUUCGAAUUUCAGUUUGUCUUACAAGAAAUUUUGUAAUUAAAAAGAUUUCGAAUUCUUAUCGUUGCUUACUGAGUACUAAGUGGCUAUGGCAAA